UUACGAGUUUGAGCUGGAGGGUUUCGGAAUUGCAUUCGUUUUGUUUAUGCGGAUGUGAUUGAGAAUUGCGUCAUUAUUUAUUCGAAGAAUCUCUUCUAAAAUUCUUCACCGUUUUUCAAAUUUCUCCAAGAUGUCUGGAAACUUAAUUGAAAUUGAUGGUGGGAUGAUGGAAGGAGGUGGUCAAAUUUUAAGAAAUGCACUUGCAUUCAGUGCUCUUCUAAAGAAGCCAAUUAGAAUCUACAAUAUAAGAGCUGGGAGAAGCACUCCUGGUCUUAGGCCUCAACAUCUGUCUGGAGUUACUUUAGUUCGAGACAUAACCAAUGGCCGCCUGAUUGGUGCUGAAGUUGGAUCUACAGAGAUCACUUUCUACCCAGGAGAUAUUACAGGUGGAAAGUAUACAGCUGAUCCAGGAACUGCUGGAAGUAUAAUGUUGCUGUUUCAAGUAUCAUUCCCAUGUGUAGUUUUUGCCGAUAAACCUACUGAUUUCUGUUUUCGUGGUGGCACAAAUGCAGAAAUGGCACCUCAAAUUGAUGAGACAUUAAUGAUAUUCAAGCCCAUUGUAGAGCGUUUUGGAGUAAGAUUUUCAUGUGAUAUAAAGAAAAGAGGCUAUUAUCCUAAAGGAGGUGGUGAGGCAAUUUUCAAAAUAGAUCCAUGUCAUUCUACUCUACAGCCUAUAGAAAUACUUGAUCCUGGAAAUAUUGUUGGAAUUGAAGGAAGAUCUUUUGUGGCUGGAGUGUUGCCAAUAAAAGUUGCUCAUGGAAUGGCUGAUGCUGCUUGUCGUUAUCUCAGAAGCUCUUUUCCUGGUAUCAGUAUGAAAGUGGAACGUGUGAAGGAGCCUGCUCACCUUGCUGUAGGAAAUGGAAGUGGCAUUGUAUUGAUGGCAAAAACAGGAACAGGAUGCUUAAUAGGAGGAUCUGCUUUAGGCAAAAGAGGUGUUAUGGCUGAAGAAGUUGGAGAGAAAGCUGCUAAACAAUUGAUGGAUGUAGUGACGAGUGGGGCAUGUGUGGACACUUUCACUCAAGAUCAGCUGGUAAUUUUCAUGGCGUUAGCCAAGGGCAAGUCUCGAGUUCGUAUUGGUCCUCCUACUCUCCACACUAAGACGGCUAUAUUUGUAGCAGAACUCAUGACAGAAGCCAAAUUUAAUCUGAUUGGAGAUGAAACUCAGGAAGCCACCAUUCUGGAAUGUGAAGGGAUUGGAUUCCAGAGGUGACAUGAUAGUCACACUGUUGGAUUGGUCAUAAUGCUGCUGAUGACUUGAUGUUGUUGAUGCUACAUACCUACUCUCCUAGGUCAACUGAUUAAACACCAAGUCACUUCUUUCUUUAGGAAUAUAUUAAAGAUCAUGUGUUCAUACUGCCUUUACCUACAAGUCUGCCCAAAUUUAAACAUCACAUUUGACAUGAACU